AACCAUAAACCCUGCUCUGGGUUCUGUUUCAAAAUCUUCCCUUCUCGAAUUCUCUUCUUUUCUUCUCUUGAAAAAGGAGAUCCAUGGCGGAAUCGUCGAUGUCUGAAACGCACGGUCUGUUCUCUUCUGAUCUCCCUCCCUUACCCGAGAAUCGCAUCGUAGUGGGUUUUGGAAUGGUUUCUGUGGACUAUGUCGCAAUAGUAGAUGCUUUUCCUAAGCCCGAUGAGAAGGUUCGUGGCAGGAGUUUGCAGGUGUUUGGUGGCGGGAAUGCUGCUAAUGCUUUGACUUGUGCUUCUCGCUUGGGUUUGACGCCUAAGCUCAUCACCAUGGUUGGUGAUGAUUCUCUAGGGAAAAGCGCCUUGGCAGAGCUUGAAGCAGACGGGGUGGAUACUUCUCUAGUCAAGAUUUCUAACGGGGGAACAUCAACAUCUACAUAUGUGAUUGUUGAUAAACAGAUGAAAACUCGUACAUGUAUCUACACACUGGGCGUCCCUGCAAUGGUGCCUGAUGAUCUGCCAAAAGCCAAGUUAAAAUCUGCAUUGGCUGACGCAAAACUUGCAUAUUUUGAUGGACGAUCAACCAAACCUGCUAUGGUUGUUGCACAAGAGGCAGCUCGUAUGGGCAUUCCAAUCCUAGUUGAAGCAGAACGCAAAAAAGCAGGGCUUGGUGGUCUCCUUGAUUUGGCAACUUACAUCAUAUGUUCGGAAAAAUUUCCUCAGGCUUGGACAUCAGUCUCUUCUAUGCCAAAAGCACUCGUAUCCAUUCUUCUAAAAUACCCAACCGUCAAAUUUGUAAUUGUGACCCUUGGUGAAAAGGGUUGCUUGAUGAUUGACAGAAGAGCAUGUGGUGAAGACCCUGAUCUAGAUGCCAUAGACGCAGACAGUCUGACUGAGUCACUAAAGCUGAAAAUUGAUGAAAACGUUACAACUCCAACAUAUGUUUCUUCGGUGUCAAGCGUAAGACUAAAGGCAAAUGGAAUAGGCACAUUAGAUGGAAAAUUGCUCUUAGGGACUGCUGAGAAGAUUCCUCCCUCAGAAAUUCUGGAUACUACUGGUGCUGGUGAUGCAUUUAUUGGAGCAGUUCUAUAUGCUUUAUGUGCAGGAAUGCCUCCUGAGAAAAUGCUACCGUUCGCUUGUCAAGUGGCGGCAAUAGCUUGCCGGGCAUUGGGUGCUCGUGCUGGGCUGCCUUAUAGGGCAGAUCCGCGCUUAGCAUCAUUCUUGCGUCAGACUAACGGUUAAGUUCAACAAAUUUGCAGGAGUUUCCCAUACAUUUUAGUUAUUUUAUUUGGUAAAUGUCAGUAAAUAUUAUCAACAUGCUGAAUUGAAUUCCGAGUAUAUUGAAUUUGCCUUGAAACUCACUAAUGCAUAAAAUCAUUUUUGAAUUGAAUUGUU